AGAAUGUGUUAUUCUAAACAACACGCAACCUGAAUUCAUCUCCAGCAAGAGAUAACCGCUAGACUAGACUAAACGAAUAAAACACCAUCUCCCUAAAACACCAACGGUAGAUCCAUUGCAAUGUCAACCGCAACAACAAUCGCAGAUCUGAAUUCCUUCGUUCGGGAAAUCAUGAGAGAAGAAGGAGUUGUUAACUAUGAUGUCCAAAUUGAUGGUCAAUCUGGAAGGGGCGAAAACUAUCUCGGUGAUGUGACGUUCUUUGCCGUUACAACGGAGAAUGGAAAGAGGUACGAUUUGGUGAUGAAGACGGCCAAAAGGUCCGAAACGUUGAGGGAGAAGACGCCCGUCGAAAGUGCCUACAUGAGGGAAUCCAUGAUGUACGGUGAGGUGAUUCCCGAGAUCGAGAAAUUCUUAAGAGACACUAAUAGCGCAAUAAAGGUCGAUUUCGUGCCGAAAAUUUAUUGGAUAUGCAACGAGCGAGGUCGUGAAACGUUGAUUAUGGAGAAUCUGCAAACCAAAGGAUUUAGGCAUUGGGACAGGAGACAACCGAUGGAUAUGAACCAUGCUCUUUUCAUCGUGAAAUAUCUGGGUAAAUACCAUGGUACCACCAUGGCCAUGAAGAUGUUGGAAUCUGCUAAAUUUGAGAAAUUGGCGCGACCUUUGAACGGAGUUUGGGAAGAAUUCAUGAAAUCCAUGGAUGGAAAUGCGUUGUUCGGAAAAAGUUUUAAAAUUGCUCUACGGAGUUUAGAAGAGAACAACAAAAAAGAUUUGGUGCGGAAAUUCAAAACCGUAGAAGAGAAGCUGGAUCAAAUUAUUUUAGGCGAGACUUUGAUGGAGGAUAAGCUUGUGAUAACUCAUGGCGAUUCCUGGAUAAAUAACUUCUUGCUAGGAUAUGAGGAAGAAAAGCCUUCAACACCAUCGCAAAUGUAUUUUGUUGACUUCCAGUUAUCAUCGUUCGAUUCACCAGUCAGAGAUCUGAGCUAUUUCAUCUACACGGCUUGCGAUAAAACUGUUUUAGAUGAUUUCGAUCUGCUCCUUAGAAAAUACCACUCAUCUUUAUCCGAAAGUCUAGAUUCUUUAGGAUGCAACGUCGACGAUAUUUUUUCCUACGGACAGUUGAAAGAACACUGGAAGAAAUAUGCUAAUUUUGGGUUGAUCCUAUCAACGAUGAUAGUGAGAAUGGAGUUAUUGGAAUCUGAUGAGGCUCCAGAUCUGACUGAGAUCACGGAAUGUGGAGAUAACUUUGCAGAGAUUUUCAAUCGUCCGAUGAGAAAUGAGGAAGUUUACAACAGAAGAAUGUUGGACGUUCUGACACAUUUCGGCGAAAACUUUUUAUAAUCGAGAAAUAUUCGUGAAGUAGUAGAGUUGAAUGAAGAAUACUUCUUCGGUUCGAAGAAGCAGGUUUCAGUUAAGGUCAUCAUUUCAAGGCAAAUCGCGACCUUUUUCUUAAAAAAAAGGUCUUCUAAAACAACCUUUUUUAUGGACUUCGAAUGAUAAAUUCUCAUAAUAUUCUCAGUUAUUGUAAAUGUAUAAGAAAUAAUAAAUAAUAGAAAGUACUAAAUAAAA